AUGGCUGUUGAAAGCGGAGCAGACGGAAUCAUCGUAUCGAAUUAUCGAGGAAGGCAAUUAGACCACGCUUCUGCUACACUUGACGUUCUGACCGAGAUUGUUGCUGCAGUUGAUGGUCGCAUUCUCGUGCAUUUUGAUGGCAGAGUUCGACGAGGCAGCGAUAUUUUUAAAGCCAUCGCUCUGGGGGCGAACUUUGUGUGGAUAGGAAGACCGGCUCUAUGGGGCUUAGCAGUCGCAGGCCAACAGGGUGUGGUGCGGGUGCUUGAGAUAUUGGAGAACGAGUUUAAAGACUGCAUGACCUUAGCGGGUUGUACUGAUAUCCAGCAGCUGGGACUUGGCGGGCGCAAUUGGUUAAAGAGAAUCUCAUCCGCAGAUGAAGACUCUCUAAGUCGGGGCUCGAAACUAUAA